GGUAGCCGGCGGCUCGCUCGCGCGCAGGAGCACACGCGUUGGGCGGUGGCGGGAUUUGGCCGCGUGCAUCUUCCUGCCGCUGCCCGCCCAGCGUCCGCCGCGAGUAGCGUGGUCCGUCCGGCCUCGCAGACCCGCUCUGUGUUCGUUCCCUCGAAGCUCUGCGAGCCCCACCUCCUACCCAGUUUCUUCUAGAGCCCAGGCCCCGCCCGUUUCCCACCUCCUGGGCCCGGUUCGUUCACGACUCAGCCCAUCCCUCUCUGCGCCCCUGCUGCUUCUGCUGAAGGCGGAGGCUCCAUGUUGUCCCCUCAGCGAGCGGUAGCGGCUGCCUCGGGAGGAGCAGGUGAUGCCAUGGAGAGUGGAAAGCCUGGCCCAGUGCAGGUUGUUUUGGUUCAGAAAGACCAGCAUUCCUUUGAGUUAGAAGAGAAAGCCUUGGCCAGCAUUCUCUUGCAGGACCACAUCCGAGACCUUGAUGUGGUGGUGGUGUCGGUGGCUGGUGCCUUCCGAAAGGGCAAGUCCUUCUUCCUGGACUUCAUGCUACGAUACUUAUAUUUCCAGAAGGAAGGUGGCCAUUCAAAUUGGUUGGGUGACUCAGAAGAACCGUUAACAGGGUUUUCAUGGAGAGGGGGCUCUGACCCAGAAACAACGGGGAUUCAGAUCUGGAGUGAAGUUUUCACUGUGGAGAAGCCGGGUGGGAAGAAGGUUGCAGUUGUUCUGAUGGAUACCCAGGGGGCAUUUGACAGCCAGUCCACUGUGAAAGAUUGUGCCACCAUCUUCGCUCUCAGCACCAUGACUAGUUCUGUCCAGAUUUAUAAUUUGUCCCAGAACAUUCAGGAAGAUGAUCUUCAACAGUUACAGCUCUUCACAGAAUAUGGUCGUCUGGCAAUGGAUGAAAUUUUCCAAAAACCCUUCCAGACACUGAUGUUUUUGGUUCGAGACUGGAGUUUCCCUUAUGAAUACAGCUAUGGACUACAGGGAGGAAUGUCCUUUUUGGACAAGCGUCUACAGGUAAAAGAACAUCAACACGAGGAAAUUCAGAAUGUCCGAAACCACAUUCACUCCUGCUUCUCCAGCGUCACCUGUUUUCUCCUACCACACCCAGGACUCCAGGUGGCCACAAGCCCUGACUUUGAUGGGAAAUUGAAAGAUAUUGCUGGUGAAUUCAAAGAGCAGUUACAGACCCUGAUUCCAUUUGUGUUAAACCCAGCUAAUUUAAUGGAAAAGGAGAUCAAUGGCUCAAAAGUCACCUGUCGGGGGCUACUGGAGUAUUUUAAGGCAUAUAUUAAAAUUUACCAAGGAGAAGAUCUGCCUCAUCCCAAAUCCAUGCUUCAGGCCACCGCUGAAGCCAACAAUUUAGCAGCUGCAGCCUCCGCCAAAGACAUUUAUUAUAAUAACAUGGAAGAGGUUUGUGGGGGAGAGAAACCUUAUUUGUCUCCAGACAUUCUGGAGGAGAAGCACUGUGAAUUCAAGCAGCUUGCUCUGGACCAUUUUAGGAAGACCAAGAAGAUGGGUGGGAAGGAUUUUAGCCUUCGUUACCAGCAGGAGCUGGAGGAGGAGAUCAGGUUGCUCUAUGAGAACUUCUGCAAACACAACGGCAGCAAGAAUGUCUUCAGCACCUUCCGAACCCCUGCGGUGCUUUUCACGGGCAUCGUGAUUUUGUACAUAGCCUCAGGCCUCACUGGCUUUGUUGGUCUUGAGAUUGUGGCCCAGCUGUUCAACUGUAUGGUUGGACUGCUGUUAAUAGCACUUCUUACUUGGGGAUACAUCAGGUAUUCUGGUCAAUACCGUGAGCUGGGCGGAGCAAUUGAUUCCGGUGCAGCAUAUGUACUAGAGCAGGCUACUUCUCAUAUGGGUAAUUCCACUCAGUCCGCUGUGAGGGAUACAGUUGGGAGGCCACUUGUGGAUAAAAAAGCUCAAUAGCAUCUUGACGAGAGGAGCCAACGAGAACGCGACCAGCCCCUCCUGAUUUCUGGGUUUCUGCCAUGGCCACAGGUCCAGGUCCAGAGGAACGCAGAUUUGGGAUCACCGGGGAAGAGCUGAAACUCAGCAAUAAUAAAUUCAUAGACCGACCUUGCCCGUGGCUUCAAAUUCUUAAACAUACUUCCAUUUCUGUUGGAAGCAUUUUUUUCCUUGCUGAUAUAGAUCACGCCUGCGUCUAUUUUCUUAUUACUCUCUGCUUUGUGCACUUUAUGGGGGGGAAAGCUAAAGGAAAAACUGCAGAUGUGGUUUUAAAUCCUGUAUGUGCCACUUAGUGCCUUUUAAGAUUGAAUCCAGGCUUUUGAGGACAUGAUAGGGAGGGAAUCAAGAAUAACCUCAUGAAAGAUGCUGUUUUGUGGUGAAACCUAUCUGUUCUUCUAUACCUUACUAUUUUAAAAUGUUUACAAAACUUGCAAAAGCUUCAGAACAAAAGACUGAAAAGGAUGCCAUUACACUUUUAAAAUCUUACAAUGUUAAAGAAUCCUGCUUGCCACAUAGUGUGGAAAAUCCAUAUCCUGUUUAAAUCCAUCAUACACUGAAAUUUAUGGUCUUUUACUGACAGGCUGACAGUUUUGUUGGAGCAUACUCUUAUUUUAUUUUUGCCUUCAUUCCUCUAGCUUCUUUUUAGAAAAGAGGCAAACAUGCCUUGAAGAGCCAGAGCGGCUCAUAAUGAAAGGAGUGAGCUCGAUAUUUUAAACAGAAAAGCUUGAGUUUAAAUGAACCAUGUGACCUCUGAUAAGUCACUUGAACUUGUGCCUUGCUCAGAUUCACUGUUUGCAGGUUUAUAUACACAUCUGUAUUAUAUAUAACUCACGGUUGUCAUUUAGAGGUCUUGUUUUCAAGAGUUCUACUGAAGAACAGAACUUUAUUAAGGAUUAGAGGAAAGACAUUACCAAACACUACUGCCUUUAGUUGUCCUAUUUCAUGUGGCCUAGCAGUAAAUCUUAGGUAUUUAUCCAAAACAUUUACUUGCGUUUUCCUAGGCACUGUCUAGUAUUUUUAAUAAUAAAGCUAAAAUUGUCAGUUUUGUUUAGCGAAUCUUCCUUUCUUUAACCUCACUUGACUAGUCUGGUAGCUUUAAAAUAGCUUUGGCUUAGUGAGGACCGGAGUCCCACCCAAAUAUGGACAGUAUCUAGAAGUAUCUAAGAAAUCUUUUUUAUUUACCUUGAUUGGGUGGUAAAAGUUUCUCUAUGAGUUGCCUUUUCCUUUGAUUUAUAAUAUAAUGGUGAAUUAUUGUGGAUUUUUAAACUUCAUAAAACUUGCCUUUAAGUAUUUAUAAAAACAUUCAGGUAUGAGAGCCUUAAUUAAGAUAGUUUUUGUUGUGGGAGGGAGAUAGGAAGGCUUAGGCGAAACCCAAGUGUAGAUUCUAUAUACGUGAAGAAGUCUGAACGGAAGGCAGAAGAAAGAAGCAUGUAAUCUCUUUAUUAAAGAAUUUUCUUUUUACUACAUUAACACUUCACCACUGAAGUAUUUUUAUGAGUCUGAAUUAAUUCCAAGCAUUUUAUAUUUUUUUCCUGUCUACAUACCAUCUUGCCCUUAAGUUCUUGCUAGUUUAUUCAAUUGCCAUUAAAUUUUAGGAAAAUUCCAGCUUGUUCUAAAAACUGUUUAUUUGCCUAUCAGUGCUGCUUAGUGUUGACUGUUAAAUUGAAAGCUUCUCUUUGAAAUUUUGUUGCAUUUUCAGGUAGCCUCUCAUCUUCCUGAAGGUUCAUACUUAUUCGCUAAAGGCCUUGCAGGUGUUGAGAUACUUGGCUUUUAAUGCAUUGUAGAGGCACAUUUAUAGAUUUCAGAAUAAUUGUCUAGAGUGAUGCUUUUAAUGGUGAGAAAAGGAUGAUGUGUCUAAAACUUAUUUUAAUACUGAAGUAUUGGAAUUUUUAAAGUAAAACAAUAUGUGAUAAUGUAUGACGAAGUGAAAUCUUAAGAUUUAGUUACUGUUCAGAUUCACCAUUUCUGUUUUGAUCUUAAAUAAUUUGGUUUAAUUCCCUGGGGAAGGCUUAGUAUUUUUGUCUUUAUUAGUUAAUUUAUUCUGGCUCUGGGAAGUAUUGAUAAAGUUUUCUCAGUGAAGAUCCUUAAUGAGUUUUCUUUGGUUUCUUUUCUCUAUUUUUACAGUAAAUUGGUGGUUUUAUAUCACCUUUUUCAAUAAAAGGUGCAUCCUCAUUGCUGGCUUUAAAUAAUCCGGGGAGAUUUAUAACCAGGUUGAAAAGAAUGUCUUGUACGUCUUAACUUCCCUCAGCCUUUAGUUUGUGGGUCAGAGACAUUGCUUAGGUGUUCACACUGCAAGUGUUUGCGUGGUGUAUGUAGCUCCGCAACUCCUGACCAGCCUUUUCACACAAACAUUUAUGGUUUGCACAUUUCUAACGGUUAUAUGGGGCAUAGUCCUAUUAACGUGGAAAAGGAGGUUUUCAGAAUUUCUAUGAAAAGUAUUCAUUUCAGAAAAAAAAAUUUUUAAAAAUCCAAUUAGUUUUUUAUAGUAAAAAUAAUAGAAUCAAAAUUUCAAUUCUUUCUAGAUUGGUUUGUAGAUACAAUGGGGGUGAAUGAUCAUGUAUGAUGAUCAACAUCUUCAGAGCCAUGCCCUAUUUUAGCAAUAUACCAAGAAGUCUGUUCCGUGGAGGUUUAUGUGUUAACACCUUCUUUGUACUUGGUAGAAUUGCCUAUGAAUAUUAUUUUGCUUUAUCUGCUCUUUCUUUUUUCUCUUAACAUGAAGUGAAAGGCUUUAGGCACAUAAACAAACAAACUGCCUUGUUACUGGCAGGGUGUUCCCUUAGCAGGUCAUAGCCAGUGUUUUACCUACCUUAUAAAAGUAGUGUCUUGGGUAGGGUGAGUUUGGAUGGGUAUUUAUGUAUUAUGGAUGAGUUACAGGUAAGUAGGUUGACCUAAGCCCAGGCAAAAGUGAUAAAAAAACAAAACUAAAUAGUUUUAUUUUUCCCUAGAGUUUUUUUUCUUUUUAAAAAUAAUUUAUAUGGGGG